UAGAGAAAAACAAAAAAUAGGUUUUGUAGAGAGGUGAAGAACAGAAUAGUUCAGACCGGAGUGAGAUCAACAAAGAGGAGGAAAAAUGGUACUAAGCGCGACGGCGAUCGGAGCUUUAUUGGGUUUGGGAACUCAGAUGUACUCCAACGCUCUCCGCAAACUCCCUUACAUGCGCCAUCCGUGGGAACAUGCAAUUGGAAUGGGAUUGGGCGUUGUGUUCGUGAAUCAGCUUCUCAAAUGGGAAGCUCAAGUUGAACAAGACCUUGAUAAGAUGCUUGCAAAAGCUAAAGCCGCUAAUGAAAGACGUUACAUUGAUGGAGAUGACGAUUAGUGCAUGUUUUCAAGGAUUGCAGCAGUUGGUGAAAAUAAUGUAAUGCAAUGUAUGUGUUACCUUUGUUGUAUGGUGUCAUGUUGCUAUGUUUGUAAAGCUGUUGUGCCAUUUCCUGCUGAUCAAUCUAUUUUUGUCACAAGCCUCAGCAGGAGUGAAUCUUUUUAGACAAUGUUAUGGGCUUAUGACAUCAUUAACAUUAUGAAUCAAUUUGAUAACUUCUUUGGUUUAUUAUCACAGUAACUGUGACAUCAA